UUUAGUUAUUAGUCACACAAUACAGUAAAUAAUCACAUAAUAUGAUACACUUUUAAUGACAUUUUUUGCUGGACAUGAAGAUUCUAGACUUUUCUGUAGGCAUGGAAACCCUUUAUUUUCAAUGUAAAAUAUGCAAAAAUGUGUCGUCAAAGACGUGUCACUGUCACUUACCUUUAAUAGAGAGCGACACAUUCACAUGAAACAGACAAACUGGAAACAGUUCAACACAAGCGGUCUUAUUCUGAGUUUGGGUGAUCAUUUGUUGGUGUCUCAUCAUGAGGAUUCAUCUGUUCUUUGUUCUGUUUUCAGUUCUGAGUCCCCGUGUCGGCUCUCAUUUGUUUUACUAUGUUCCUCUGACAAUGAGCUGGUCAUCUGCACAAACAUACUGCAGACAACAUUACACUGAUCUGGCCACUAUUGAUGAUCAGACAGAUUUGUUAGAGUUGUUAAAAGCUGUACCCAAUGAUUUUCCCAAUGACGACUGGAUCUGGAUUGGACUCUAUCGGAUGGGUUACACUCUUCCCUGGAUCUGGUCUGAUCAGAGCAACUCCACAUUCCAAUCAUGGGGUAGCGGACAGCCGAACUAUUUCGAUGACAUCAAAAUCUGUGUGGCAACAUCUGCUGCUGGAUUCUGGAAUGAUUGGAAUUGUAAAGACACAGUUACAUUCACUUUUUUCUGCUACAGUGACAGAAAGACACAGACUGUGAGAGUGCAGGUGAAAUCAAGUGGAAAUGUGAAUAAUCCUGCAGUGAAGAACGAGAUUUUAAUGAAGAUUGAGCAGAAACUGAAGGAGAAGGGGUUGGCAGAGAAUGCAACACUGUCAUGGAGAACCCAAUCAGAUGGAAAUAUCUUCCAGAAGUAUCGGGAGAGUGAUGCCGCUGAGCAGAUUUGCAGUAAAACAAAUGAAUGAAUAAAACUUUACUGGCUGAUUUGUAAAAGAUAUGAUAGACUUUAUCUGUUGGAGAAAGUAAUACUAUAUUAAUAGGAAACUUCUACUGCCAUAUUGACCUUAAAUUAUUCUUUAAUAGUGAGUCAUUCCAUGGAAGACGGAAAAUGUUUUUACAAGCUUAAAUAUAUUAGCGGAGUGUCUAUUUUCACGAGUGUAGCAGAGAUCUGAAGGGAGUCACUUUCUUUUUAGAAAUAUUCCAGAUUCAAUACAAGUUCAAUGUUGAUUAACACACAAAAAGGGAGUUUGUGAAUUAAUCAGGGGUGGAAAGAGUCUUUAAGGAAGACUUUAAGUGGUACAUGGGGGGUCACAUUCUAUUCCUUUUGAGAUGUUUCAAAUGUAUGUCAUUCUUGUAUCUUUUAAGCCCAGAAAUAUUUGUGUUCAUGUACGAUGCACAAUUUUCUGAAGUGUAUUUGUGACUGAUGGAAAUAUUCUGCCUGAAGUAAUUCUCUACAUAAGUUGAUACUUUUCUAUCAGGAAUUAGAAAAACUUGAUAAAUUCUAAACAUAAUUAUAAAUUAUUUUAUCAUCUCUUCUUUCCUGGUAAUUCAAAUGAACACUCUCUCUAUCAGGGGCAGAUACUAUUUAAAAUGAACUAUAUUAUUAAAAUGUCACAGUUUUAUUAUAUUAGAUUAAUACUUUUAAAGCCAUUAACGAUAUUCAGCCAAAAGCAGU